CUCAAUUGUGAAACGAACCACAUCCUUUUACCAUAAUGCAGAUUUUCGUCAAGACUUUGACCGGUAAGACCAUUACCUUAGAAGUUGAAUCUUCUGAUACAAUUGACAAUGUCAAAAGCAAGAUCCAAGACAAGGAAGGAAUUCCUCCUGAUCAACAACGUUUGAUUUUUGCUGGUAAGCAAUUGGAGGAUGGCCGCACUCUUUCUGAUUACAACAUUCAAAAGGAGUCUACACUUCACUUGGUCCUACGUCUCCGUGGUGAGAAGAUCCAAGACAAGGAAGGAAUUCCUCCUGAUCAACAACGUUUGAUUUUUGCUGGUAAGCAAUUGGAAGAUGGCCGCACUCUUUCUGAUUACAACAUUCAAAAGGAGUCUACACUUCACUUGGUCCUGCGUCUCCGUGGUGGUUGUCUAUAAACUGAUUAUGGUUUUCUUACGCUUACUUUUCGAUUUAUUUUUUUGACGAGGUAGUUCAUUGAAAUGUAUCUUUUACAUAAUUAUUACAGGUGCUAUAUGCAAUGUCAAUCUUUAAUGAUUAAUCGC